AUUUUGAGGUAAGACGAAUGUACAACACAAAACCAUAACAACAUGAUGGAACCUGCGGAUUGGUGAACUACAACACCUUGAAUUAUUAAUGAUACCUCAUUCUCCUUCAAUUCGUUGAUGAUGAGAUGAUAUAUGUAUUCCGUUAUGUCAUGACUUUCACUAGAUUGACCUCCUUGUUACCAAAAUUCAAAAUUAAACAAGUAGUGAAGAUCCUAACCUACGGCGACAUGUCUGGGGCCUGGCAACAAUGGUGCAAUUAUGCUUCCACAAGUUCUAGUCACAACAGGAGGUUCACACUUCAGGUUGCAGAGCUGUUUGAACAGGCUCUAGUACACAAACGUCUGACAAGAAUUUCCCUCCCGAUGAGUUGUUUCACGUCGUUGGAAAAUGGACCAAGUGCCAAAUUCACGGUGUGUGUGGAGGGGAACAUUGGCAGUGGGAAGUCGACGCUGCUGAAACAUUUCUCUCAGUGUGGUGAUGUUGAAGUCCUCGAGGAACCUGUCGAUAAGUGGCGCAAUGUCCGAGGUUGUAAUCUGUUGGAAUUGAUGUACAAGGAUCCAUCUCGCUGGGCUCACACCUUCCAGGCGUAUGUACAGAUGACCAUGUUGGAGCACCACCUGCAGUCUACUUCACUACCUGUUAAACUGAUAGAAAGAUCUGUGUACAGUGGCAGGUACUGCUUUGUGGAGAAUUUGUUCAGGAGCGGGAAACUGCUGGAUGCAGAGUUUAGCGUUUACUGUGAGUGGUUCAGGAUGAUAACGCAGCACGUCAACCUUGGUGUAGAUCUCAUUGUGUACAUGAGGACUGACCCUUGCAAGCUCCACGAUCGCAUCAGGAAACGAUCACGUUCAGAAGAGCAAACUAUUCCCAUUCAGUACUUAGAGGACCUCCACAGACUACACGAGGAGUGGCUGAUAGAGAAGAAAUACCCUCUGCCAUGUCCUGUGCUUGUCCUGGAUGCCAAUGAUUCCUUACCUGUCAUGUACAAAAAGUUUGAAGAACAUACAUCAGACAUCCUGUGUAAGAAGCUGGUGGAAGGCAGUGUCAUGGGAGCCUCAGUCAUUACUCAACCAUCCUCGCCGGUUAAGGCUGUUGUAUGAUGGUUAAACUUUUAUUUAAUUAAAUGUGAUUUAUUUUAUUUGGUUUGAAAUGUUUUGCAAAAACUAUGGGAUUCAAAUAUUAUAUUAACCUCAACAAGUGAGUGCCAGCAUAUACCUUCUGGUGGUCAGGAUGCUUGACUUACCAUACUCAGUACAGUAUUAAGCUUCAUACAGAACAUGUUUGAGUGUGGUUAAGUUGUGCAAGAACAUGAAAGACGUAUUGAUGGUUGGGAAUAAUGCAGUACUUUGGGACCACUUGACUCAUGUCUCUUUUUUGUUGAUUAUCAAAUUUUGUUUCUUUAUGGAAAUAUAGUUUUAUAUUUUAAGAUGUUUCCAGUGGAGGACUGUAGUUGCCAUCCCUCAGAUAUGAGGAUGGUACAGUACUGUGAAUGAAUGGCAUUUAAUAAUUGCCAAUAUUUUUUUAACCAAAGUCUAGUAAUAAGUGAAAUGAUUUAUAUAUAAAAUAAUGUAAAUGAA